UGUUGUUGGCUUGUUGCGUUCCAAAAAAGCUAGGUUAGAAGUGUGACAUUUUUACGAUGAACAAUAAAUAGAAAAUGAGCACGGACGACAUGGAUAAAUCGCAGCUUGCAGCAGUUCUGCAAAUUUUAAAAAAAUAUAACCUUAAGGGCACUGAAGAACUCCUUCGAAAGGAAGCUAAUUUGAGUAGUAAUUUAGGGGAUGGUUCUCUACAACAAAGUUCCGAUGUUAGCAGUGUUUUAACGGGAUAUAAGAGUGAUGGUGAUCCUGAAACUUAUGAAGAUUGUUACAUGGAACUGAAACGUUUUGUUGAGGGUUCACUCGAUAUAUACAAACAUGAACUAGGGAUGAUUUUAUAUCCAGUCUUGGUUCACAUGUAUUUGGAAUUAGUUUAUAAUGGACACACUGAAAAGGCAAUAAAUUUAAUGAGAAAGUUUGGGCCUGAACAAGACCCUUAUUAUCAAGAUGACCUCAGAAAAUUGGCUUUGGUUACUAAAAGGGAUCACAUGAAUGGAAAUGAAUUGACAGAUACUUUUAAAUCAAACCAGUUUAUUAUCAGGAUGUCUCGCGACACUUUGUCAUUGUUGAAGCGACAUUUGAAUGAUAAAAAAGCGUCAGUGUUAUUAAACAUCAUUCAAGAACAUUUGUACUUUGAUAUGUAUGAAGGUGUUGCGAGGAAUAAGAAUCAAAUUGAUGCUACUUCAGGAGCUGUGGGUGGUGAAGCAAAACGUCAAGAUAAUAAGACCAAAGUCUAUUAUGGCAUACCCAAAGCGCCAGACAUCCAGUCUUUAGCCGCACCAGUUGAAGAUGAAGAUGAAGCAGCUGACCAAGAUAAUCCUGACAAACCCAAGAAGAAAAAAGCAAAGAAAGAUCCUCUAUUUUCAAAGAAAACAAAAAAUGAUCCUAAUGCGCCACCUUCUGACAGGAUUCCUGUUCCAGAUUUGAAGGACAAUGAUAAGUUGGAAAAGAUCAAGGCUUAUAGAGAGGCUUCAAAAAGAGUGACUUUGGGACCAGAGUAUCUACCUUCAGUGUGUUGUUACACCUUAUUAAAUGCAAAUUAUACAGUUACUUGUGCUGAAAUCACAGAAGAUUCCAGUAUGUUGGCUGUUGGUUUUAGUGAUUCCAUUGUAAAAGUUUGGACGUUAGUUCCCCAAAAACUAAAAUCUAUGAAAACUGCUGAACAAUUACAAGAUGUUAAUGUUGAUGCAGAAGACGUUUUGGCAAGAAUGAUGGACGAACGCUCCGGCGAGACCUCCAGAUCGCUGUACGGCCACGCAGGACCCGUUUACUCCGUAUCGUUUUCGCCAGACCGGACUUUACUGCUGAGUUGUUCCGAAGAUACGACAAUCCGGUUAUGGAGCCUGCAAAUCUGGACGUGUCUUGUGGUCUACAAAGGCCACAUGUUUCCGGUCUGGGACGUGAAAUUUUCGCCCUUGGGCUACUAUUUCGCAUCAGCUUCGUACGACAGGACUGCCAGACUCUGGGCCACAGACCAUUAUCAACCUUUACGGUUAUUUGCGGGCCACUUCUCCGACGUUGAUUGUGUACAGUUUCACCCGAACUCUAAUUAUGUGGCAACGGGAUCCAGCGAUCGACGGGUUUGUCUGUGGGAUUGCACCACCGGAAACCACGUCCGGCUAAUGACGGGCCAUAAAUCGCCCAUUAUGUCUUUGGCUUUUAGCGUUUGCGGGAGAUUUUUGGCGUCAGCGGGGGCAGAUUGUAAAGUUUUAAUUUGGGAUUUGUCUCAUGGACAUCUUGUGGCCGAGCUUACGGGACACGAGAAGGCUAUUCAUGCGCUGGCUUUCAGCAGGUGCGGGAACAUUUUGGUUUCAGGAGGCUUGGAUUGCAUGCUGAAAGUGUGGGAUUUUACUAAACUCACUGAAGAGAUUAGCUCGGAAGAGGUAAAUGUGUCGCAUAAUCCCGACGUUCGAAUCGGGGACGACUAUUUACUGCGAAGUUUUGCCACGAAAAGUUCACCUUUGAUCAGUCUUCACUUUACGCGAAGAAAUCUGUUACUUGCUGUUGGGAUGUUUGAUGGUGUUCCUACGUAAUUUAUUUAAAGAAGUGUACUUUUAUAUUUACAUAGAUUUAUUUAGAAUAAACUCUUUUUUAAUUAA